AUGGAUAGUCAAUCAUUAGUAAUCAAUACAUCUAUUAAUCCAUUUAAUUUAUCAGUAACAAAUAAUGCCAAGAUGAAAAAACUAAAUUCGCGUAAAAAACGUACUACAAAAGUACCAAAACAAAAAAAGAAAACUAGCAAAUCAGCUGCAACUACAAACAAAACUGGAAAAGCAAAAAAAAAGCGAGAAGAAGAAGCACGAAGACUGCGAGAAGAAGAGGAAGCUCGAGUUCGUGCUGAAAUUGCUGAAAAAGAACGUAUUGAAAAUGAAAAACGACUUGCUGAAGAACGAGCUAUCGUAGCGAAAGAAAUCAAUGAAUUAAGACGUCGAGAAUUAAGUGAAUUUUAUGAAUUUAUUCUUCCAAGGCAAGAUGAAGCGCAUGAUCUACGUGAAAAACAACGAGAAGAAUUUCAAUGGAAACGUGUUAUGCAAUGUGAUGGUACACCAGAUCCAUCAAGUUUACUUGAAAUUAAUACAUUUAUAUCUUUAUGGCGUGAUGAACAACAACGAAUUAAUGUUGAAUAUACUAUGAAACAAACAAAUCUUGUUUUAUCUCUUAUUAAAGAAUUAUAUCAUGUUAUUAAUUCGAUUUCAAACGAUUCACCGGAAAAUGAACGUAUUCCAAUUUAUAAAAACACAAUUCAUGAACUUGAAGAUACAUUACAUUACAAAUGGCGUCAAACAGCUCAUAGUAUAAUGCUUAAAGCAACAGAUUUACAAGAUUUUGAAACAAAUAACUUUCAAUAUAUAGCCGAAAAUGAAAAUGUUGCUCUUUGUAUCUGGGCUAAUCUUAGUCAUAAUCCAAGAAUAAAAGGUUAUUUUUACGAAAAAUUUGGUUUUGGCUUCGAUUUACCUAAACCAUUAUCAUUAGCUAAUAUAGCUAUAGUUGGAUUUUUUCUUAAAUAUGAUUAUUAUUCUGAACGUUCACUUCUUGCUAAAUGUCGUGUACGAACAAAUGAAUAUUCUUAUGAUCCAAUACCUGAACCAUUAGUUGAUGAAACAGUAAAACCAGUAGCAGCAGAAGUUGUCGAAGAAGAACCAAUUGAUCCAUCAUUACCAGCUGAUAUACGAAAAUUAAUGGAACAAUCAAGACGACGUGAAAAAGAAGCUGCAGCUGCAGCAGCAGCGGCUGCUGCCGAAGCCGAAGCUAAAGCUGCAAAAGAAGCAGCUGAACAAGCUGCUUUACUAAAUGCCGAUGAAGCAAAAGAUGGAGAUGAUGUACCACAAAAUGCAUUAAAUAGAAAAAAAUCAAUACGAGAUGUCACAGCUGAUCUAAUCUUAGAAGAAUUAGCUGAUGAAUCAGUUAUUGAUCUUCGCUCUCAUUGGCCUGUAUUACCUUUAAUACAAGUAAAUCUCUAUAAUAUUCCACCACAACCAAAAAAAGUACAAGAAUGGACAAUAAUGCAAGUUGAUGAUGAUAAUGUUCUCGUUCGUUAUCCAUAUCCAUCAGAUCCAAUGCUUGCUAAACGAUUUUAUGAAGAAUAUGCUUCUUCUAAUAAAAAUAAAGGAACCGAAACUGAUACAGGAAAACCUAAAAUGGAUCUAAAAAUGGAAGAUCCAAUGGAUCCAUCGAUGACACUUGAUGGAACAAUGAUUGACAAUAAUCCAGAAGUACGAAAAAUGUUUUUAGCUGCUGCACUCAAACAAGAAUCAGCAAUUGUACUUAAAUACAAAAUUCCAACUGAUGUAUAUGUUACAGAAAAACCAUUACUUGCACGAUGGAUUGAAGAUCGAAAUCAUUGGAAACAAGAAGGUUUUGUUGAUUAUGAAUAUGCACCAGAUACACGUAUGAUAUCAUUUAAAACAUAUGAUUUUGGUACUUAUGCAUUAUUAAAUGAUCGUCAUGCUCAUAUGCCAUUUCAGUCAUGGCGUAUGAGACCCAAAGCAGUUAAUAAUAUUCUAUUUACAUUAAAUACUCAAUCAUUUGAAAUCAUAUUUGAAAUUCGAGUAAGUCAUAUUGUAUUCUACUUGUGCAAACAAGAUUUAUAUUUAUAUAAAUUCUUUCUCUUACUCUUGGAAAAAAAACCGAAAACAAAAUACAAAAUAAAAAAGAUACACACAGAAGCAUAUGAUAAUAGAAUAGCAUUAAAAAAAGAAAGAAAGGAAGGAAAGUAA